CCGGGCCGGGCCCGGCGGAGCGAUGAGCGGGCCGCGGCGGCCCGGCAGCCAUGGAGAUCCGGUGUGGGGGGCUGCUUUUCAGCUCCCGCUUCGACUCGGGCAACCUAGCACGUGUAGAGCAGGUAGACUCGACCGGGACUGGAGGAGGCCCCGCGGGCCGGGCCUCCGCGCUGCCCGCCGCCGACUACGAGUUUAACGUCUGGACGCGGCCCGACUGUGCCCACACGGAGUAUGAGAAUGGCAACAGGUCCUGGUUUUACUUCAGCGUGCGGGGAGGGGCUCCGGGGAAGCUGAUCAAGCUGCACAUCCUGAACAUGAAUAAGCAGAGCCGGUUGUACUCUCAGGGCAUGUCCCCCUUCGUGCGCACCCUGCCCGUGCGGCCCCGCUGGGAGCGCAUUCGUGAGCGACCCAGCUUCGAGAUGGUGGAGACGCAGUUUGUACUGUCCUUCGUGCACCGCUUCCUGGAGCACCAUGGUGCCACUACCUACUUUGCCUUCUGUUACCCAUUCUCCUACUCCGAGUGCCAGGAGAUGCUGGCGCAGCUGGAUGGCCGCUUCCAGGAGUGUCGGCACAUGUCUCCCAGCAGCCCCCUUGACUCUGUCUAUUACCACCGGGAGCUGCUCUGCCACUCAUUGGACAAGCUGCGAGUUGACCUGCUGACCAUCACCUCCUGCCAUGGCAUGCUGGAGAAGCGGGAACCCCGCCUGGACAAGCUCUUCCCGGACACCAGCACUCCUCGGCCACGGCGCUUCAUGGGGAAGAGGGUAUUCUUCCUGAGCAGCAGAGUGCACCCAGGAGAAACACCCUCCAGCUUUGUCUUCAAUGGAUUCCUGGACUUCAUCCUGCGGGAGGAGGACCCCCGUGCCCAGAUGCUGCGGCGCAUGUUCGUCUUCAAGCUCAUUCCUAUGCUGAACCCUGACGGGGUGGUGCGAGGCCACUAUCGAACUGACUCCCGUGGGGUAAACUUGAACCGCCAGUACCUGAACCCCGACGCUGAGCUGCACCCUGCAGUGUUCGGGGCCAAAGCUCUCGUCCUCUACCACCACGUCCACAGUCGCGUCCUGCCAGGCUCUCCUGACUGGAGGACCUUUGUCUCCCCGCUCAGCAGCAGCUUACUGAGAACAAAAUCUUCCAACCAUUCCGUCCGCAGCAGCGGCCUGUUCCCAGAGCCUGUGCUCUUGGAGCUGGAGAAAGCAAAUAACCUCCGGAACUUGCCCAGCUCCUGGCGUGCCAGCAGCUACUUCAGCCCUUCUCAGGAAGCCCAUCGCUCAGGAGCGCCAGGCAGCACGGGCCGGGCCGGUUGGAUCCUCUCAUCAAGCCACACCACAGAGCACUGUGAGGAGGAGGCUAGGAGGCCUCUGCCAGCACCUCUUCCUGAAACCAUCCUGCCCCAGGACAGUGGGCUGGCCUACUACGUGGAUCUGCAUGGGCACGCCUCCAAGCGCGGCUGCUUCAUGUACGGCAACAGCUUCAGCAACGAAAACGACCAGGUGGAGAACAUGCUGUUCCCCAAACUCAUCUCCUUGAACUCCCCUCACUUCGACUUCAUGGGCUGCAACUUCUCAGAGAAGAACAUGUAUGCACGGGACAAGCGGGACGGGCAGUCCAAGGAGGGCAGCGGGCGAGUGGCUGUCUACAAGGCCCUGGGCAUCAUCCACAGCUACACGUUGGAGUGCAACUACAACACAGGGCGCUCAGUGAACAGCAUCCCUGUGGCCUGCCAUGACAAUGGGCGAGCCAGUCCCCCACCCCAGCCCACCUUCCCCUCCAAAUACACCGUGGAGCUUUUCGAGCAGGUUGGGCGAGCCCUGGCCGUGGCGGCCCUGGACAUGGCCGAGUGCAAUCCCUGGCCCCGCAUCGUCCUCUCGGAGCACAACUGCCUCAGCAACCUGCGUGCCUGGAUGCUGCGUCAUGUGCGCAGCAUGAAGGGUGCAGGCGGGGGCCCGCGGCGCAGAGGAGGUGCCAGGACCCCCCCGCGAAGCUCCACUGGGAUCCCCAUCUCUGCCUCUGAUAACGCCCUGUCCCGCGCCAGAAGCUUCAGCAAUGGCACCAGCGGGAGUGGUAGCAGCCAGCAGGACUCACCGCAGCUCAAGGCCUCUCCCAGCUUCACCUUUGGCUGCAGCAGCCCCUCGGCUCAGUCCGCCACAGACCAGAGUGCUCAGCAUAGCAGCACCAGAGCCUCAUCUGUGGGCAGAGGGUGCUGGAUGCCCUCUGUGCUCAGCCCCACACUCUGGGAAAGAACAAACAUCGACUUGUGGCUUCUGCCACCCAGCUUCUGCCAGGAACCGAGAGGCUCGGGACAGAGGCUUGGGGCAGUGACCAAAGGGCUUCUGGAUAAGCCAGCACGGAAAACUUCCACUCGAUUUCCUUUGGCCUCAGCCACUCCCAAAGCAUUCCUGAGGCUUGUGGGAUACACCAAAGUGCCUUUUCCCUUUCCAGACGCCUGCUGAGCAGCACUUGUUCGAUCGAAGGCCAUGGCUCUGGCAGGGCUUUAGUCACUGGGAGGCUUGGAACAGGCAGUGAGUGCUGGCCAGGGGGUACCGAGCUGCCAAGGGGCAAGGGCUCAAUGCUGCUGCAGAGCUGGCCCCUUGGGGGUUUGGUGCUGCUGAUGGUUGGGAAACCCCAGUGCCGCAUUCUACUCUGGGCUGUUCCUGCAAGCCCCCAGGUAAGGGAAUAGGGCUGGCCUGAGAGCCCCAGUCUGCCGUGGGGCUCUGGGCCUGAGUGAGCACUGUGCUCUGAGGUGUGCAAAUGCCCAGUGAUGGGAGGUGUGUGGGUGAGGGGCUGCCAUCGGGGCGGAGGGGCUGCAGGUGUGACUCUGGGUGCAAGUCUGAAGCCAUCGUGGUGUUGUGCUACUGCUCUUGGGAGACGUCUCAGUGUUCUUGACUGUCAACUGGUUUCUUGUGCUCCACCUGUUUCUCGCCUUGCUUAGUCCUCUGUGUUUGCUCUCCAGCACUGUGUAGUGGCUGUUUCUCCUCUACCAUAAGAUUGUGGUGGGGAAGAAAUAAAAUGUUUCUGUUCUUAUGG